CACCAUAGCCCAUUAUAUAUGUAUCUAUAGGUCAGUAUAUACAAAUUUUCCGGCGAGUAAUGCUCCUUCUUCGUCGUCGUCUUAGCUGAGGUGCGAAAAUCCGGUGAGGUGAUGGCGGACGACGUCGUUCCAAAGACGUUUCGUGCGUUAGUAGAAAGUGCAGAGAAGAAAUAUGCAAGAGUACGGGAUUUACCGGCGUACGGACGGUGGGGAACGAGUAACCACUACUUUCACAAGGUGUUCAAGGCGUACAUGAGGUUAUGGAAGUACCAGCAGGAGAACAGGGUGAGGCUUUUGGAGUGUGGAUUACAGCGUUGGGAGAUCGGAGAGAUCGCUUCACGGAUCGGUCAGCUUUACUUUAGUCAGUAUAUGAGGACUAGUGAAGCGAGGUUUUUACUCGAGUCGUGUAUUUUCUAUGAAGCGAUUUUGAACAGGAAGUAUUUUGAAGGUUCUGGAAAAGAUCGGAUGGUGAGGUUUAAGGAGUUGAGGUUCUAUGCCAGGUUUUUGAUGGUUUCGUUGAUUUUGAACCGGACGGAAAUGGUGAACCUGCUGGUUGAGCAGUUUAAAGCUAUUGUUGAUGACAGUAAAGCUGCUUUUCCGGGUACUAACUUCAAAGAGUGGAGACUGGUGGUGCAAGAAAUUGUUAGAUUCGCAAGAGUUCAUUCUCCAUCUCCUGAUGCCAGGCCUUUGCGAUAUUGUGCUCUCUUUGAUUCACAUCCAUCAUCUCGUCCAUAUGUGGCUCGCUUCCAUGCUAAGAAGGUGCUAAAGUUUCGAGAUGCACUGUUGACAAGUUAUCACAAAAAUGAGGCCAAAUUUGCAGAAUUAACUCUGGACACUUACAGAAUGCUGCAAUGUUUGGAAUGGGAACCCAGCGGAUCUUUCUAUCAAAGAAGUCCAGUUGAACCACGAGUGAAUGGUGCUGUGAUUGACCAAUCUAUUACUUCUGGACUGAUAGAUAUUAACUUGGCUGCUGAGAUGAUGGAUCCAGCUCUGCCUCCCAAUCCCAAGAAGGCCGUUCUUUACCGUCCUAAUGUUCCACUGUUGAUAUCUGUCGUCGCUACGAUGUGUGAGGAGCUCCCUCCAGAGAGUGUGGUAUUAAUAUAUAUUUCUGCAUCAGGAAACACAAUUCAGAGUACCACCUUGCACACAGAAAGCUCUUCUAGUUCUAGAAAAUCUUCGAAAAACAGUGUUCUUUCUCGUACUUCGUAUGAACAAAAGAGUGCUUUACAUGAAAAUUAUACCAACACCAAUGGAGAUACGGGUCAAUAUUUCGAGAAUUGUUUGUGCUUAGGUCCUAGCAGAAGUGGAGGUUCAAAUAACCUCUAUCCAGGCGAUCUUAUUCCUUUCACACGAAGACCUCUCUUCCUAAUAAUCGAUAGUGACAACAGCGAUGCAUUCAAGGUUCUACAUGGGGCAGAAAGAGGAGAAAAAAGUGCUUUAUUUCUCUCUCCUCUGAGACCAUCAUUCAAGAAUCCUGGCACUGAUGUAACUCAAACUGGAAGUCAGUUCACCUUGUUCUUGGCUGCUCCUUUACAGGCUUUCUGCCAGUUGGUCGGCCUUGUCUCAUCUGAUAAAGAUUUGGAUUGUUCUGAUGAGGCUGAUGGCAUCAUCUCAACUGCAUUUGCAGAGUGGGAGGUAAUCCUCUGUACAUUGACUAACCUAGAUUUGGUUUGGGCUCAAGUUCUGUCUGACCCUUUUCUGAGACGGCUUAUUCUCAGAUUCAUAUUCUGUCGUGCUGUGCUCGGUCUAUUCUGCUUGCAUGAACGUGGCGAUGAGUAUUUGCCUGUCUGUCUCCCAAAGCUUCCUGAUACAUUCUCACCAGACUCUGAAACUGUUCAACCAUCUAUCAAACGACUUGCAAGGCUUCUAAAAGUUGGAGAUUGUUUUCGAUUUUGACAUUCAUGAGACGUGAUAUAUGCUCACUUUAUGAUGUAAAGAGAUCCAGAAACUUACCAGUCAGACACCGUGGUUACCAAAGUGCUGGCUGGAAGUACAAACACAUUCUUUUUAGGUGAUCGGUUUAUUUAGUUUACAUCAAUAUCUUCUCAUUUCAUGUGCAGAAAUUUCGGGUUUUUUUCUUCUUCAUUAUUUAGUCUUUCAAUAGCCGAGCAUUUGGUUGGUGAUACUGUGCGCUGCUAAUAGAAGGGUUCACUUGAGUUUUUGUGUUCAGUUUUUUUUUGGUUUCUACAGGAAUUAGUGCUAAUUUGUUCAUAUGUAUCCUGUAUUAUAGAAGCUGGCGGUUGAAUUCUUUAAUUAUUAGUUGAGCAAUUUCUCUUCCAA